CUCCCCAUUAGAAGUCCCGGAGGAGCUGCAACACUUGAGUCUCAGUCACUUGCAUGAACUCUCAUCCUCGAAUAGAUUAUAAUCAUCAUACAUAUACCUAUAAAUACAUAUCGCUGAAAACCCAAAUCUCAGAUAUAUCUCUUUUUCGGUUUUUUAUUUUAUCCAUCUAUUCGCUCUUUGUGUUCUCUUUGCAGAAAGUUUGAAUCUUUUUGUGAAAAAUGAGGUGGGAAAAGCUUGAAGCUCAGAGUACUAAUGGGGGUUUGGUGGGUCCCACGAGUUCUGGGCCAGGGAAGAGGUGGGGUCAUUCGUGUAACUCCAUUAGAGGUGGGAGAUUUUUGUAUGUGUUUGGAGGUUAUGGGAAGGAUAAUUGCAGGACUAAUCAAAUUCACAUCUUUGAUACUGCUACCAGAAUGUGGAGUGAGCCUGCUGUAUAUGGUGAACAACCUGUGCCAAGGGAUAGUCACAGUUGUACAACGGUAGAAGAUAAUUUGUUCAUUUUUGGGGGCACAGAUGGAGCAAACCCUCUUAAGGAUUUGCAUAUAUUUUACACCUCAUCGAACAGAUGGAGUUCUCCACGUAUAAGAGGUGAGGGACCAAUGGCAAGGGAAGGACACACGGCUGUGCUUGUUGGUAAACGAAUUUUCAUUUAUGGUGGAUGCAGCAAGUCCUCAAACAGUUCCCAUGAGGAAUAUUUUAAUGAUUUAUACAUACUGAACACAGAAACAUUUGUUUGGAAGCAUGCUGAAACAUCUGGCGCCCCACCAUCUAAACGUGACAGCCAUACUUGUUCAGUUUGGAGAAACAAAUUAAUUGUGCUUGGUGGCCUUGAUUUAGAUGGAUUCUAUCAGUCUGAUGUCCAUAUUCUUGACACAGAUUCCCUUACAUGGGAGAAAUUGAACACUUCAGGCCAGCUGCUGCCACCUCGAGCUGGACAUACUGCUGUUGUUUUGGGAAAAAACUUGUUUGUUUUUGGAGGUUUCUGGGAUGAGCAGAACGUAUUUGAUGACAUACAUAUGCUCGAUGUUGAAACAGGAUGUUGGACUAAAGUGACGGCUACAGGUGAGGGGCCAUCAGCGAGAUUUUCUAUGGCUGGUGAUAGCUUGGACCCACGGAAUAGAGGUGUUCUUGUCUUUAUAGGUGGCUGCAGUAAGAAUUUAGAAGCACUGGAUGACAUGUACUAUCUAAACACAGGAAUCUUGACAGAGCCUGAUCGGGACGAGCGAAGGAUAGAGAAGUUAUCUUUGAGGAAAAAACUAAAACAGAAGUGCCAAGAACAACAUACUGCUUCCCCAGUGUAUGGCAGAGCUGAGACCGAUUACCAACUAGGCCGGCAAAAUUCUUCAGGAAGAAUUAUGUUUCAAGCUAGGGUUGCUUCGAGCUCACCUUGUAGCUGUACAAUUGAGACCGUAAUUGAUGGUAAACGUCUUUCUGGAGUGAUAUUCCCCACAAAGACAGGUGGUGAUGAUCAUGCCAGACGAUAGAGCCUCUGCUGCACACAAACAUAGUGGUUUGAUACAAAGAUCACCUGGUGCAAUCAAUUUGUUCUCGAAAGGCGAGAUAUUUUAUUGGGGAUGUAGGCUCUAUCUUAAGUCAGUCGUGACAAGUUUGUAUAGUUUUGCAGAGUUUUUUUUUGUUCUAUUGGAUUCCCUUUCAGUUUUAGUUGACAGUAGAACAGUGAUUAGUAUUGUUCAUUUAACACACCUCUUUCAUUGCUAAUUCAGCAGAGUUGCUGCUUUUUUCUUA